AUGGACAGCGGUACCAAGAGUCACCAAGGCAACAGAAACCAGGACCAGGAGCACGACAAGACCGGACUGGAGGAGGACCAGCGGAACCCGGACCACAGGAGCAGCAACAGAGGACCAGCAGCAGGACCGUCCUCUGACAGCAGCGGUGUUCAAAAAUGGGGAGGAUCCUCCACAACUUCUGGAUUUGCACAGAUUGACAGCGGACGGAGACCUCACAUCUGUGACCAAUGUGGGAAAGGGUUCCCGUGGAAGAGUAGUUUAGAAAUCCAUCAACGCAUUCACACUGGAGAGAGACCUUACAGCUGUGACCAGUGUGGGAAAGCUUUCCUGUGUAAGAGUAAGCUAACAAUCCAUCAACGUAUUCACACUGGAGAGAAACGUCACAGCUGUGACCAGUGUGAGAAAGGGUUCCCGUCUAAGAGUGAGCUAACAAUCCAUCAACGCAUUCACACUGGAGAGAAACAUCACAGCUGUGACCAGUGUGGGAAAGCUUUCCUGUGUAAGAGUAAGCUAACAAUCCAUCAACGUAUUCACACUGGAGAGAAACGUCACAGCUGUGACCAGUGUGGGAAAGCUUUCAAUCGUUCAUGCGGCCUGAAACUCCAUCAACGCAUUCACACAGGAGAGAAACCUCACAUCUGUGACCAAUGUGGGAAAGCUUUCACACAGUUAUCCCAGUUAAAGGUCCACCGGCAUAUUCACACCGGAGAGAAACCAUACCGUUGUAACCAAUGUGAGAAAUCUUUUGCAGCCCCAGCAAACUUCAUAAAACACCAACGUGUUCACACCGGAGAGAAACCAUACUGGUGUGACCAAUGCGGGAAAGGUUUUGCUUCGCAGAGUAACUUUACUGUCCACCAACGUGUUCACACUGGAGAGAAACCGUACUGGUGCGACAAAUGUGGGAAAACUUUUUCUCGAAUUAGCAACCUUAAAGUCCACCAACGCAUCCACACAUCAUCGCCAAGCUAG